GCGGUGGGGCGGGCGGGGGAGCGGCUCCGGGCUUCAGCGGUGACACUCGGGAGCGAACACACACUCCCCGCUCGGAGCCGCGAGAGAGCGGAGCGAAGCGACCGCGCACCGCCGCUGCCGCCGCCGCCCGGUGCGCCCGGCAGUCCCUGCGCCGUGCUCCAGCCAGGCGCCCGUGCCCCGAGCGGCCACCCGCCCGCCGAGCCCGCGCCAGCCCCGCUCGCGCCGCAGCAUCCUCCCGCCGGCCGGCCCCGCACGCUGCCCGCCUUUUAAAAGGACCUCCCGCCGCUGCCCCGCGCUGCCCGGGAUCCCCAGCCCCGCGCUUCUCCCCGCUCCACUUCGCAGCAACUUCGGCGCCCGCGCGCCGCCAGCCCUCGCUCGCCUUUGAAGUUUGCAGCGCCGACCACAAAGUUGGGACACUUCGACCGAUUUAAUUUUUCUCUUUUAUCUGCCUCCUCCUUCCUCCUCCGUUCCCUUCGGUUCCUGAGUACCGGUGCUUAGCAUCUUGGCCGGAGCCGGGCGCUUGGACUGUUUCGCUCGCCACAUCCCCGAGAGGGAGUUUUCCUCUUCCCCCCAGGAAAAACAAACAUUUUUUUUUAAGGAUGGUGCCUCUCCGCUGGUGUCUGCUGUGGCUGCUCUUACCACUCAGCUCAAGGACUCAGAAGCUACCCACUCGAGAUGAGGAGCUUUUCCAGAUGCAGAUCCGGGACAAGGCGUUUUUUCAUGAUUCAUCAGUCAUUCCAGACGGAGCUGAAAUUAGCAGUUACCUCUUUAGAGACACACCUAAAAGGUAUUUCUUCAUGGUUGAAGAAGACAAUACUCCCUUAUCAGUCACGGUGACUCCCUGUGAUGCACCUUUAGAGUGGAAGCUGAGCCUCCAGGAGCUGCCGGAAGAGACGAGCGGAGAAGGCUCAGGUGAUCCAGAACCUCUGGAGCAGCAGAAGCAGCAGAUCAUUAAUGAGGAAGGCACAGAGUUAUUCUCCUACAAAGGCAACGAUGUGGAGUAUUUUAUAUCUUCGAGUUCUCCAUCUGGUUUAUAUCAGUUGGAGCUUCUUUCAACAGAGAAAGACACACAUUUUAAAGUCUAUGCCACCACAACUCCAGAGUCUGAUCAGCCCUAUCCUGAAUUACCUUAUGACCCAAGGGUGGAUGUUACCUCCCUGGGCCGCACCACAGUCACUUUGGCCUGGAAACCGAGCCCCACAGCCUCUUUGCUGAAACAGCCCAUUCAGUACUGUGUGGUCAUCAACAAAGAGCACAACUUCAAAAGUCUGUGUGCAGUGGAAGCCAAACUGAGUGCGGAUGAUGCUUUUAUGAUGGCACCAAAACCCGGUCUAGACUUUAGCCCCUUUGACUUUGCCCACUUCGGAUUUCCUUCAGAUAAUUUGGGUAAAGAACGCAGCUUCCUAACCAAGCCUUCUCCCAAACUGGGCCGGCAUGUGUACUCCAGGCCCAAGGUGGACAUUCAGAAGAUCUGCAUAGGAAACAAGAACAUCUUCACCGUCUCGGAUCUGAAACCCGACACCCAGUACUACUUCGACGUCUUUGUGGCCAACAGCAACAGCAACAUGAGCACUGCUUACGUCGGCACCUUCGCCAGGACCAAGGAAGAGGCGAAACAGAAGACAGUUGAGCUAAAAGAUGGGAAAGUUACAGAUGUCUUUGUUAAAAGGAAGGGAGCGAAGUUUCUACGGUUUGCUCCAGUCUCUUCUCACCAAAAAGUCACCUUGUUCAUCCACUCUUGUCUGGAUGCUCUCCAAAUCCAAGUGAGAAGAGACGGGAAGCUGCUUCUGUCUCAGAAUGUGGAAGGCAUCCGGCAGUUUCAGCUUAGAGGAAAACCCAAAGCAAAAUAUCUCAUUCGACUGAAAGGAAACAAGAAAGGAGCAUCUAUGUUGAAAAUCCUGGCCACCACAAGGCCUAGUAAGCAGGCGUUUCCCUCUCUUCCGGAAGACACGAGAAUCAAAGCCUUCGACAAGCUGCGCACCUGUUCCUCGGCCACCGUGGCUUGGCUGGGCACUCAGGAAAGGAACAAGUUUUGCAUCUACAAAAAGGAAGUGGAUGAAAACUACAAUGAAGACCAGAAGAGAAGAGAACAAAACCAAUGCCUGGGACCAGAUACAAGGAAGAAAUCAGAAAAGGUCCUCUGUAAAUAUUUCCACAGUCAAAACCUGCAAAAAGCAGUGACCACAGAAACCAUUAAGGGUCUUCAGCCUGGAAAAUCUUACCUGCUGGAUGUUUAUGUCAUAGGACAUGGGGGCCACUCUGUGAAGUAUCAGAGUAAAGUCGUGAAAACCAGGAAGUUCUGUUAGUUACCUUGUAUAGAGAUGUAUUAUGUAGAACUCCAGGAGAGACAUUAAAUCACUUUAAGUAUAGACUGACUACUCUCACAGCUGAGAGAAGUUGUGAGCUGAACUUGUACUGUGGAAUGAAGGAUAUCAACUUGUGUAUAUUGGUGUUUAUAUAAGUAAUUGUUGGAGGAGACUUGUUCGAGUGUGCCCCAGCAGGACCUAGUGUCUGAUGGCCGCUGAUGUCCAAGAUAGAGGACAUCUUGAAGGAACUGCCAUCCCUUGCUUUGACCACUGCAUGAACUGCUUCUAAAUUAUUUUAUUACCUAAAAAUUUAAAAUAUGCCAUUCAUUGCACACAUCCACAAAUGCAAAUCAUUCCUCUCUAUAGAUGCUAGGAUAUAUAUAAAUUAUUUUAUAAAGUCUUGUUUCAAAUGUCAGUGUUUCUAUGAUUGUAAACUAUUAAAAUCUUUUCCUGUUAAAGUACAGAUCUAAUCUAAGUAUAUUAAGUGGACAGGCCUCUAGUCAGUUAUAUUGCUAUUGUAAAUUCUUAUCUGUUGAGUAAAAUGUUUAAAUACUGUAUGUAUCUCAUGUACAAAGUUGACAUACGUUAUAUUCAUGUACAUAAAAUUAAAGAUAUUAGAUUAUAUACUGUU